AUGGCAUCAGCAAGUCUGCAGUUCUUUGCUUUUAUUCUGGCUCUGUUUGGUGUUUUUGGAGAUAUCACAGCCACCUUGCUGCCAAAUUGGAAGGUAAAUGCAGAUGUUGGUUCAAACAUCAUAACAGCUAUAACACAGAUGCAAGGACUUUGGAUGGACUGCACAUGGUACAGCACAGGGAUGUUUAGCUGUACCCUGAAAUACUCCGUUCUCUCUCUCCCUGUGUACAUCCAGGUGGCACGGACCACCAUGGUACUGUCUUGUAUCCUAUCAGCUUUUGGGAUCUGCAUCACUACAGUUGGAAUGAAAUGCACGAAACUGGGAGGGGACACUGACAGCAAAAGCCAUGCUUGUUUUGCUGGAGGAGUCUGCUUCAUCCUUGCAGGAAUCUUUGGAUUAGUACCAACAUCCUGGUACACAAGAGAAAUUAUUUCAAAUUUUCUGGACCAGACCAUUCCAGAGAGCAGCAAACAUGAACCAGGAGGAGCGGUUUAUACAGGAUUCAUUUCAGCAGCGUUUCUGCUUAUCGCAGGUGUCAUCUUCUGCACUUCCUGUCUUAAAAAGCAGCAAGGAGCAUGGAUUUACUCUGCAAAGCAGCACCACUUCCCAUCCACAGAGCAGGACAGCAACACAGGUUACAACCUAAAGGACUAUGUGUAA